CUACGGUAUAUGUUUAAAUUUGAAACUGUAGUCAGCCCAACCUUACAGCAACGAUACCGGCAGCGUCGCUGCGCAGCUCCGUUCUCCGUGUAUUUUUCUCCGGGCAGCCUGAGGUGUGGUGCAUCCUAUAUAUACGCUUAAUACGGUACUAGGAGUAGAAAAGCAUCUACGUAGAAACGGGCCCGGAGCCCAGAAAUGGAACGGGUCGCUGACGUCCCAGCACACGGCGAGUGCAAUCGGGACCCUUCUGACUUUGCUCUUACCAAUAAGAAUCUUGUUUGUUGCUACGUGUGCCGCCUAAUCAAGUCGCGCAACCAGGCUGAGCUGGAGGUUAGACAGGUCUUAGAUGCUGAGCACCGCAUCCUUGAAGAAGUCUUUCCGAGACACGUGCUGGAGGUGAUGACGUCAGACAAGCGCCGUACAUCGGCUUUUGGCGGCGGCGGCGGCGGAUGUCCCUCCCUGGUGCGCACUUCCUCCUUGUCAUCGACUUACACUGUCAGCGGCGGUGCCGCCGCCACCGCCGGCAGGCAGCUGUCGUGUGGCGGACGUGGCGUGGGCCAGCCGGCACCUGCGCUAGCCUGGCGUCGUAUAACCACAGCACCUGCACAGCCCAUGGAGUGUACGACAGUUGCGACGAUCGUACAAGCUUCGGCUGCUUCAGUCAUCAACUUCAUGCGAGCGGUGAUAACAUCGCAGAGCCUUGCGGCCUUGACAGCUGCGGCGCCGCCCCUGGUAGCUAUCAACGUUGCCAGCCGAAUGGAGUCCACGGGUGUACCUGGUGCCGUACACAUUUCUGCGGCCACGCGGGCCUUAUUGUGCGCCGCGGCCGACGGGUUUCUUUCCACGGGGGGAAUUCCCGUCGAGGGCAAGGGGUUCAUGCUCACGUACGUGUACGACCCGUGCGGCGUCGCUCCGCAGCGCUCUCAAACAAUCUCCCGAACUGGAUCAGCCGUGCCGGGUAUUGGUAGGGAAGGUCCCCAGGUCCCGGGGGGAGAAGCAUCUAGCGGUACACCGACAGAGGCGCCGCCUCCGUUGCCGCAAUAG